AAUUUUUAAGAGGAGUAUGUUUAGGUGACAACCCGACAAUAUUUCAAGCCUUUUAAAGAAAGCUUUUCUUCUAUUUAAUGAUACUUUUAACUAAAACCUUAUCAUUAACACUACAAUCAUAGUACAGCUAAUUUUUAAAUUUGCGACAUCAAGUGAUAAACUAUAUUGUUUUUUCCAUAUUGCAGUUGCAACUUGUCAAUGUUCACAACGGACUUAGGACAUACGUUCUUAGGUUAUUUAAUUAAAUCCAUACUUCUUAAAAUAUGCUAACUGUUGCUGACGUUAGCACGAUCAUUUUUCUUGAAUUUCGGGACCCUUAUGGGCCCCGGCGUGAAUUAUUAAAUUGCGUGGGAGCGCUAGAGAAUGCCACUAUCAGAUUUUUAAUGCUUUCCACCUGGCCUUCAAUUUGACACUUUUCUCCAUGUUCGAAAAAUGACGAAAGGACUGCCUUUGUUUCAAUAAUUUCGUCAGUUGGAUGGCCCGUUGAAAAUCCCCCUAAUUAGGCAGGCAUGUAGUAAUACAUAUUGUGUUGUGAUGACGUCAUUAAGAACUAUUAAACCUCAAGAACCCUGUCACCGGCCGGUUUUUGAAAUGAGCGCGACCAUCUGUGAUUUUGGGAAAUUGCUUCUAUUUUGGUCACCGGUGACGCCUAGCUACCCAUGCGAGAGCGAAAAAAAAAAGUGAUAUUAAGUGCAAUUUAAUAGAAUGUAUUUUUGUUUUGCUUUUGUUUUAAAGUUCUUUUGGGUUUAAUUUCUCAAAUAGCAAAUAUUUUAAAUUCUGCGUAGAUUAUAUUUGACAUAUUUUAACAAAACUCGCAAACUUUUCCACAUUAGAUUUUUUCGCUUAAGGUAUUAGAAGAAACACUAUUUAGAAAUCCUCCGCUCGAUACGCUUGGCUCUAUUUUUUCUUACGCUGAUACUCCUUUUUAAAUGGAAUUUACACUUAACAUUAAAACGGAACAAUACUUAACAAUACGUCAUUGUUUUUAUAAAACAUUUUUCGUUUCUUUCUGUUAAAACGUUCAAAUGAUUUCCACUUUCAGUAUGGAUCGGAACUGAAAGUUCACCAACCAACGAGAUUCCAGAAAUCACAUUGUCCGUUCCGAUUUUACUAGCUAAGUUUGGUAUAUAUGUUAUUAUACGUUUUUUAUAAAAAACCAAGCAAACGGCGAAUUUGGAAAAGACUCUUAACAAACAGGUUUCCAAUCUCGUUCCCAGGGCUUCUUUUUCUCUUUCUGAUAUGUGGCUGGCGCGAAAGAAGUAGCUCUGGGACUGGCCGGUCAAAAUACCCACAUAUAGUGGGUAUUUUUGAAAGAGCCGUUUGUCUUGCUUGUCCAGAUUUUACCGAAGGGAUAUAGGAAGGUAACUGAGCAUAAAAACAAGCAUAUGGCGAGUAAAAAUUUAGUUAUAGCUGGCUAACAAGAUGGAAAAUAUAAUACAACUUUUUUCCAAACUUCGACUUGCUCUAGAGAAAGGUUUUGACCCAAAUUUUGUGUUAAAGCCCAAACAAAUCAUUUGCUUUAAACAACUAAUUAAUUGAAACGAUACUCUUGCGGCUUUGCCUACUGGAUAUGGAAAAUCCAUUUUGUACUAGUUACUUCCUUUUGUAAUGCCUUUACAGAAGAAAGAAACAUAGUGAUUGUUGUUAGCCCUCUCAACGCUAUCAUUGAGGAUCAACAAAAAAUUUUGAGCCAAAGAUGUGUAAAAGUUGCUACACUUACUUAUGAAAGGGAAGAAAUGUACAGAAUAUCUUUUUGAACAUUUGAAUACCUAAGAUCCUGUCGAACCAAAUUUCAAAGUUUCACAUGAAAUAAAAAAUGGAGAUAUCAUAUUUCUCCCCCAUCAAAACUGGAAAGUUACCUACAAGAAAUUGGACGUGCAGGGAGAAAUGGUGCACAGUCAAAUGCCAUAUCGUACUACAACAACUCUGACAUCAGUAAAAAUAAUUUAAAAAUGGAUGAAUCAAUUAAAAAAUAUUGUCAAGCGGCUGAUUGUCUCAGAAAAUCAUUGCUCAAAUACUUCAGUUUUAAAUGCGAAACACAAGACAAUUGUUGUGAAAACUGAAUAUUUUUCUCCUGUUCAUCAUAUACAAAUGUCAGAUAAAUCAAUACGUUUAGAGCUAGAAAUGAUUAAUGUUGAAAAGGAAGAAGACUCUCAUUUAUUAACAUUUGAGUUUAAUUUGACACAUGAUGUUAUUGGAAAAAUUUCCAACAAUUUUCAUUUAAUAACUUGUGAAUGUGAUUUAUUGCAUAAAUUUGAUGUUUGGGAUGAAAGGUAUUCGACAAAAAUUUUUGAUCUCAUCAAAAAUGUUUGAAUUUAUAAGUAUAGAAAUAAUAUAUAUAGUUUUUAUUUGUUCUUUUAUUUUGUUGAAAACAUUUUUUAUUGGUAAGGUUGGACCAUUAGAAUUUUUGUGAAGCAGAUUGUGUAUAUAUAUACUCUAGAUAGCUUGUUUGAUUAUGCAACAAAUUUAUAAUCAAAUAAAUAAUUGAUGGGUCAAACAACAUUUAUCUGUAAAGAUAUUUUAGACAUCCAAUAUCAGCAAUAUUUUUUAAAGUCCAGCUUGCAAUAAAAAGUUUAUGUUUUUAUGCAUAUUCACAUUCUAAUAAUGUAUAUUUAUAACAAAUUGUGUGUAAGAAUAUUUUACUGAUAAAUACCUAUUUCAUAUUUAUGAUUAUCAAGCCAUUUAUGAAAGUCACUCACAUUUAAAUAGCAUAGUGGAUUACUCUUUCUAUUGCAAAAGCUUAUAACUCGAGUUAUAACUUUUAACUGAACUUAUAAUUUUAACUUCAGUUAUAACUUAUAAUUCGAAUUAUAACUAAAACGGUGACUUAAAACUUAACCUAAUUAGAAUUAUAGGAUACCUCACGGUGAUAUAUUCUACUGACUAAUUCGUGUUUAGAAUGCCUUGUUGAUAUGUUUCGAAGUAUUAAAUAUUUAUGAGAUAUAGAAGAUUCAUUAGCGCUAGAAAAAAAUUUUGUUGUUUGCUUAAUGCAGAAUUAUUUGUUUUCUUUUAAAAGCAACACGUUUGUUAAGUACUGUAAUCUUCGGAUGAGUCGGAAUCAAAAUGUUCUAACGUUGUACUUGGCUUCCAGUUUAAACCUAAACGUAGGGGGGAUUUAUCGGACUCAUCGUGGGUGACAUAUGACAGUGAUAGCGAUGGGGAAAUAGCAGAAUUAAGGAUUAACCUUGACGCUACGUCGUGGUGUAAAUGCAACAAUUGCCGUCAAAUGAGCACUGAAACUGAAUGUUUUUGCUGUCACGAACUGGAAUCAAGACAUAUAUAUAUUGCCUACAAGGUGUGUACUUUUUAGCGGGAUAUACGAAACAUUAUAUGCUGAUUAUUAAGUUAUUAAAAAUAUACUCUUUAGAAAUAAACUGUAUAGUCAGUCACGAAGAUUUCGACCCGAUUGAUUUAAGGAAAGGAAAUCUCUGGACUGCUUUGGUUGGAAUGUAUGAUAGAGAAUCGACAUAUCUUCCUCCAAGAAAUGACGUUCCCAAUAAAACAUAUUGCUAUGCUGCUUACCGACAGUUCACGUGGUGGGUUCACAACAGACUUGGCAAAUCUGUGCGAAGGGUCAUCCCGUCAUGUGCAGAGACAAAAAUUCGUAAUGCUUAUCCAGAGCCUGACGGGGUAUACACAGGAUAUAUGGAAGGGCGUGUAGUUCCUGAAAAUGAGUUAACAUGGGUUUUCCAUGAUGCCGAAAAUGUAUUUUAACUUAAUUAAAAAAAUAAAAAAAAUAAAAAAAUAAUAUGUACAAACAUAGUCAUAAGAAAAAGAGAUGGUGAAUCGCGCGGCUCUAUUGUUUAUGUUUUUGUUAGCAGAAUAUACCUCGUACCCAGUGCUUUGACUGCACGCUCGUGUUGAAAAAUGGCGCAUUUAAGUAGUUAGUUACUGUAAACAACAUAGGAUUAACAAACAUUUAAACAGAAUUAUUUUCAACAUGCCUGGCGAAAAUUGCUCUAUAUACGGUUGCACAGUUUCACGAAAGGCUAAAUAUAAAGGUCUAUCUAUUUUUAAAGUUCCUGCUGGUGAGAAUCAAUUUGACAAGUCGUGGAGAGAAAAGUAAGUUGAUGUUGUGAUAAGAGAUAGGGAAGUUGAUCAUGCUCUAAGGGAUAGAAUUCAAAGAAAGAAAAUAUAUAUUUGUGAAAAGCACUUUAGCGAAGAUCAAAUGAAUCGUAACCACUCUAGCAGAACCACACUUGUUCCCGGUGCUAUCCCCACAAUAAACCUUCCUAUCAAAAGUUUUCCUUCAUCCUCCACAUGUUCUAGGCCUCGUCAAUCAGCACAAUCAAUUUUGCAGAAAAAAAUUGAACCAGUGGAAAAUGUCAUUACUGAUCAGUACAAGUCAUUUACAGAUUUUAUUUCUAAAACUCAGUUAUUGAAAUUAGUCGGUUGGAGUUUUACCUAUACAAGUGAUUGUGCUUCUUUUGCCUGUCAUGAUGCUAUCCACUCAGUUCCAAAGUAUGAGAUAUAUGUUGAUAAUAAUCUUGUUUUUACUGUUCGUGUUUUAUUAUGGUCUGUUCCUGCUAAACACGACAUUUAUUCUCAAUCACUAAAACUUAUUACAAUCACAUAUUUAACAAGAUUAAUUAUGGAUUUGAAAUUAUGCCCAGGUUUGACAGACCACUUUGCUGGUAGCUGUCUUGAGCACUGUGUUCCAAAAGUAUUUAACAUCAAGGAUAGUACUAGUGCACCUCUUCAUCAAAGCAAAUGGUAUCGAUCUCCAAAUUGCAUAGUUCUUAUUCCACCUUCUUCUGCAAAAUGCUUGGAAUGUGUUAGGUCGGAGUCAAAGGAAAGCCUAAGUUUGAAAAGGAAAAGGGACAAUUUAAUUUCACCUGCCAAACUUAAAGCACCAAUUUCCAUGACUUCUCCAGACCGAAUCAUAAAAACCCUUCAAAAUCACCGGUUGGAAAAUAAAGAAUUAAAGGAAGAGUUAAAGAAAAUGCAAGAUGAAAUUUCCACUUGUGCAGUUUCAGUCCAAAAAAGUCUUGGUGAUGAUUUCAUAAAAAUUAUGUCAACAACUAAUCGCAAGAUACCACCAUUCAUGAAAUUUUUUUGGGAAGAGCAGCAGAAAUAUUUAUCAUCAUCGAAAACUGGUGUUCGCUAUCAUCCUAUGAUCAUUCGUUACUGCUUGGGUUUAGCUGCAAAAUCCUCCGCCUUUUAUGAUGAGAUUCGUGUUGACGAUAAGAAAGACAGUGGUUUCUUGGUACUCCCUAGUAGACGUCGUUUAAGGGACUAUAAGAACUAUAUUCGUCCGAAGCAAGGUUUUAACAAAGACGUUAUCCAGGAAUUGUGUAAUAUGGUCUCCAAAUUCCAACCACAUGAGAAAUAUGCAAUAUUUUUAAUGGAUGAAAUGAAAAUUCAAGAAAGUCUUGUGUGGGAUAAGCAUAAUGGUGAUCUUAUCGGUUUUGUUGACCUUGGUGAUAUUGAUCUAAAUUAUGUUGCGUUGGAAAAGGUUGAUGAAAUUGCAUCUCAUGUCUUAGUUUUUCUUGUGAGAAGCAUUGUAAAUCCUUUAAAAUUUUCAUUUGCAAAUUUUGCUACUACCAAUGUCACAUCAAUUCAAUUGUUUCCUCUCUUUUGGAAAGCGGUUGGCAUACUGGAGGAAAAAUGUGGCAUAAAAGUUGUUGGUGUCUGUUAUGGCGGAUGAGGAACGGUACAUCUACUUCAUCUCAGAUCCACCACACUUAAUUAAAACAGCCCGCAAUUGCCCGAGUAAUUCUCUUGCAGGAAGAUGUACCAGAAGUAUGUGGAAUGAUGGAAGUUAUAUCACCUGGAACCAUAUUUCAAAGUUAUUCCUU